AUGCUCCAGAACGUAGCGUCAGACGACGACGACGAACAGGAAGCCCCAGCACGUCCAUACAUGGCGCUGUUGCAAAAGUUCCAAGCCAACGAUACAAGCGCACCAAGUGCCAAGAGAAGGAAGAUUGCACACGACGGACCCUCCAACCGAAGUCCAAGUCCCGCGGUACAGCAGCCAGAAGAUGCGGAAGAAUCCGAUUCUAAGCGGGAAGACAUUGACGAGGCUGAUGAGGAGGAGGAGGAGGGAGAGGAUGCCGCAGCGAACCUUGAAGAGGACCCGGGCAACGACUCAGACGACGAGAUUGACGCUACGGACCCGUUUGAUGCGCACUUUGCCAAUCCAGAUCCACAAGUCAGCUCGCAAGCCGUUGUCGCGGCGAAGAAUGGAGUGUGGACUACGAGUAAAGCCAUGAUACACUCAUGGAGAGCAGUCAUCACUUCUCCCGCCACCGAUAGCAGUGGUUCAGUGCCGCAGCCAAUAUCGGGUCUCGGAGGGUUGAAGCUGAAGCAGAAAUUGCGCGAACCGGCGAAGCAGAAGAUGGGGGAUCUUGAUGCGGCACAAAAGACGUUCUUGCCCUUGUUGUUCAACUACAAGGAUAUUCUGUUUUGCGAUCGGACCGUGGACAACUCCCAUAAAAUGCGACAGGCCGUUUGCCUGCAUGCGCUCAAUCACGUAUUCAAGACUCGAGACAGGGUGAUCAACAACAGCUACAAGCUUUCAAAGGCUGGUGACGAUGCGGAACUUGAGCUCCGGGACCAGGGCUUCACGAGGCCCAAGGUCCUCUUCCUCUUACCAACUCGAAACUCCUGCGCCAAGAUGAUGAAGGUUAUUCAAGAUCUGGUAGAACCCGACCAGCAGGAGAACUUCAAGCGGUUCAACGAGUCUUAUGUCGAGAGCGACGAGGCAUUCAGCGCGGAUCGACCUGCCGACUUCAAAGACCUCUUUGGGGGCAACGACGAUGACAUGUUCCGCCUCGGCGUCAAGUUUACGCGCAAGACGAUCAAAUACUUUGCGCAGUUUUACACUUCCGAUAUCCUCUUUGCCAGUCCUCUGGGUCUUCGCAUGGCUAUAGGAUCCGAGGAAGAGAAGAAGAAGCCCGAUUUUGAUUUUCUCAGCUCCAUUGAGAUGGUCAUCGUGGACCAAGCGGAUGCCCUCCUGAUGCAGAACUGGGAACACGUCGAAUACAUCUUCGAGCACCUCAACCUUCAACCAAAAGACGCCCACGACUGCGACUUCAGCCGAGUUCGCAACUGGUAUCUGGAAGACUGGGCCAAGUACUUCCGACAGACGGUCAUCUUAUCGUCCUUCAAUACCCCUGAGUUGGCGGAAAUCCAGAGGCUGUACUGCCAUAACUGGGCCGGCAGGAUCCGGCUGCAGCCAGAAUACCCCGGCGUGAUCGGACAGCUAGGCGUCAAGGUCAAGCAGACAUUUUCCCGGUUCCAGUCGAGUUCUGUGGAGAAGGAUCCCGAGGCCAGGUUUGACUACUUCAAGUCUGCCAUCAUCCCCUCCCUGGUGAAGCGAUCCAAAGACUCAAGCGGAACUUUAAUCUUCAUCCCUUCUUACCUCGACUUCGUCCGCGUGAGGAACUAUUUCGCCACUGCCGAUGAAGUGAGCAACAUCACAUUUGGAGUCAUAUCCGAAUACACCGAAAUUCGAGAAGCAUCUCGCGCGCGAUCUCACUUCCUGACUGGCCGACACAAGAUCUUGCUGUACACAGAGAGAGCUCACCACUUCCGACGGUAUCAGUUCAGUGGCGUGCACAGGGUCAUCUUUUACGGGCUGCCGGACAACCCCAUCUUCUACAAGGAGGUUGCAGGUGGGUACCUGGCCAAGAGCGAGAGAGACAUGAAGAUUGAGCCUGGGCAGGGAACGGUGCGGGCCAUCUUCUCAAAGUACGAUGUGAUGAAGUUGGAGAGAAUUGCUGGGUCGAAGAGGGUGGGAAAGAUGAUUCAGGACCGUGGUGAUACCUUUGAUUUCGUGUAA